UCCCCUGGGACAGCACGAUCUCGCAGAAAGAGAGAGGUGACACCACGAUUUGUUAGGUCCAAUGACAAUGUAGCCGGUAUUGCUCGGUGAAGAGUAAAGCAAGUUUGAUAUGAUAACUGUUUGUAUAGGAGGAGGACCCAACCGAACAAGCAUGAGUCAUAGCGCACAGCCACAUCUUCGCUAGACCCUCAGAAGAAAAUCGAUAUUACAUGCUUGGCCCAAUUAUCAUUUAGCCUACCUCCUCUGAUCAGACCUGUAUUCCGAACCGCUCCGAUCGAAGGCGCGGCUUUAUGUCACGGAGACCUGCUUGAAAUUAUUUCAUUGAUAUUCAGCUGGGUGCUUCAGCCGCACGGUGGAAACAAACCGUGACUAAAUAGCGCAGUAAUCAACCCCCGAAUAUGAUAUGAUACGGGGACUACACCGCACCAGGGAAUUACACAAAUAGACAGGGACAGGAUUGUGGACACCUGGUUCGACUUUGGAUCCCUACAGUAGAAGUGGCUCAGAGGACUGUCUCAAUACAGGAUGGGAACCAACCCAACAAGGACAGUGACAGUCCAAAUGGUCCCUCAUCUGGCUGGAGUGGAAGCUCUGGGAAACCAGGAGUCUAACGCCAACUGGGCUAAAGAACCUAACCUGAACCUCACCCAGGGUUGCCCUGCCCCCACCACUACCCCUGCCCCUGUCCUUACAGAACACACACAGGUUAACCUGUGUCUGACAACCCCCAACACAACCUCCAGGAUCCAAUCAACUGGCCAUGGACAACAGGUUGGCGGAGGUGUGGGGUCCAACACCAACACACCUUUCUCGACCAAUGGCGACGGAGGGAAAUCGCCAUCGGAGCAUGUGAUUGGAAUAGAGCAGCAGAUGGUAUUGACAUGCCGAGGAGGUGUGAGUGUAACCGAGGCGGCAACAGAGGGCAGUAGGGACGGCAACGCCAAUUUGACAGCGUUAACCCCCACAGCCGCCGCCGAGGAGAAGGAGAAGCAUAUCUGUAAGGCAAGCCUGUCGUCCGCCAUUACAUCAUCAAAGGUUGACGUGCAUACAAAUUACUGCAGAGAGAAAGAGCCUGGUGGAGCAGGGGCGGGGGAGGGGUGUGCAGCCAAGCCAUCGCCAGAGCCCACAGCAGUACAGAGUGCUACAGUCAGAGUUUCUGCAGUAGCUAAAGAGGAGUCACUACUAGAAGGGGACAACAAAAACGCAACCACACCAAAUCAACAUCCCCCUCAGACCUGUGAUCCAAAGCAUACCUCGGCCUCUGAAGUGCUGACGUCUCUGACGACUCCCAAACAAGGUAAGGCAGAGGGAGCUGCAGUGACUUCAAACAAGGUUGCUCCACCUCCUUACAAAUCAAAAGAGGCUGAUAAUAGUGCUACAACACAGAGUCUCUCACCUUUACCUAGCCCUGCCACCAACCCUACUCCACCAGAACGUCCUCUACAGGCCUCUAAAGAAAAUAGGCCCAAGACAAACUCUCAGAACCCUCCUUCCCAAAUGGAAUAUAAUAAAACGGCAGCUACAUCGCAGCCGGAACAGACCAAGCAGACUGCAGUAGCUCCUGUCAAUGCUGCCGUCACCAUCACGCCUCCAUCAUCAGACAGCAAGGAGAACGUAGGGCUUAGGAAUAAGGCCUCAAGUCCGGCACCUCCCGAGAAGAAGGAUUUAAAACCUACUCCAGUAGCAAAGACAGAGAUCUGCUUAGAUAAACACCUGCAGGUGGCAUCGUCAGAGUCUUCAUCACAGAAGGAUUCUCCCUCGUCACCCAACGAGGCCCAACAGAACCAACAGCCGGAGGCCCAACAGGGCCAGAACCAGCAGCCUGCCCACCAUGCAGCACAGGUGACAGAUGAAGCUGUCCAGACUGCCUCUGUCUCGGAGGAGAUGCAACAGAAAGCCCACUGCAAACUAUACCGGGAGGCCUCCACCAUGACCCGCACCCCCAUCGCCACCCCCACCCAUAGCAAGCAGGGCCAAGACGUGGAGGUCCAGGCAGUGGCUGACGUGUGCAGCCGGGCGGUCUCCACCAGCCCCAGCCUGUUUCCUCUGCCCCCGCCCUACAGGUCCACUGACAGAGGUGCUGCCCUGAGGGAGGAAGCAGCAGCUGAGAGCCUGUCUGUGGUCUACCAGGUUCCUCUCCACCAGAUUCACAUGGGCAGCAGUCCAUCCUGCCCCCCGCCACCUAACUACACCGCAGGUCUCAGGUCCGGGUCAGAGCGAUUGACCCUGGAGGCGGGGUUAUGCUCCAGUCAGAGUGCCGGGGUGGUGCUCCAUGCAGAGGAGGCGGUGGCGGCCCUCCAUGCAGAGGUCGCCAGGCUGGGGGCCAAGCCUAAAGACCUGGCAGUCGGGGGGGCAGCAGCGCUAUGCAACAUCCAGCAGAGAGGAGCACUCCCACCUCUGCAGCCCGUCUACCAGAUCAACAUCGAGCCGAGCGGUGGCCAAAACGAGCCGGUAGCUAAAGCGAAUCAUCACCAGCAUGGAGGCGAGAAGGCAGUGGCAGACUCCCAAUGCAAACCCAAUGCAGCAGAGAAACCAAAGGUGUCUAAUGAAACGCAGACCGUGCCAACGCAGCCUGCCAAGCCUCCCUCUGCUAAAGCUCCAUCCCCCUUGUUGCCAACUGCCGCAAGCAAGACCAAAUCUUCCGACAAUAAGGCUGCUCCUCCUCCUUCGCAGUCAACUCCUUCCGUUACCAAGCCCAGCCAGGCCUCAACGACAACCUCCAAAAAAGCAGAGGACACUAAACCCAAGACCGCAGUCAAAGCAGCGAAGCAGAGCAUUGUUAAGGGGGUUGGGGGCGUUAAGGCUUUGUUGGGCAAGAAGAAGCAGGAGCAGCUGGAGCCGGAGAGGAAGGAAAAGGAGGACGAAGACGAGGAGGGGAAACAGAAAGGAGAGAAGAGCGUGCACGAUGUGCAGUGGGACGAGCAGGGGAUGACCUGGGAGGUGUACGGAGCAUCCGUUGACCCCGAGUCCCUUGGCUUUGCCAUUCAGAGCCACCUGCAGUGUAAGAUCAAAGAACAAGAGAAGAAGGUCGUGACCCAGUCAUCACUCAGGAAGUCCAUCUCAGUGCCGCCGGUGGUGCCCGACUCGCCCGCCACCGUUGCCGUGGACAACACCAACAGCAGGAAAAACAAGAGGAGGCAGCAGAACGUUUUCAGGUCCAUGCUGAAAAAUAUCAGACGGCCCAAGUGCUGCGCAGACCCUCCCCCUACCGCCGUGCUGGAGUGAGAAGGAGAAGCAGCGGGCUGUAUGCAGCCCACACCCUCCCCCUACCGCCGUGCUGGAGUGAGAAGGAGAAGCAGCAGGCUGUAUGCAGCCCACACCCUCCCCCUACCGCCGUGCUGGAGUGAGAAGGAGAAGCAGCAGGCUGUAUGCAGCCCACACCCUCCCCCUACCGCCGUGCUGGAGUGAGAAGGAGAAGCAGCAGGCUGUAUGCAGCCCACACCCUCCCCCUACCGCCGUGCUGGAGUGAGAAGGAGAAGCAGCGGGCUGUAUGCAGCCCACACCCUCCCCCUACCGCCGUGCUGGAGUGAGAAGGAGAAGCAGAGGGCUGUAUGCAGCCCACACCAUCAGCUGAGUCCCCUAUAAAGCAGGCUGGUUCACCCCUUGUUAUGGUUCCUCCGAUGCCAAGCCAUGUGUGGAUAUUGGGAUCUCUCCCUAACCCUACUGGUCAGAUGUUGUGGUAUACAAUGUUACCUUAGAUAGGGUUGAUGAUUAUCAACAGAAGAGGGCAAAACAAAAAGCUAAAAUAGGUUCUUGUUAUGGACAACUUAUUUUUUAGAUGAGAGAUUCUAACAGUAUUUAAUGAAAAAUGGCAAUAAUAUUAUCUUAGUGAAACGCAUGUGUGUUAGUACUUAUGGCAGUCAUAACUCAUUUUACCACUAUGAAGUCCUGGUGUAUACAGUACAUGCCUUUGAUCUUUGGGCGUACAUACAUAUUACUGUCAGUAUCAUACCUUUUACAGAUGUGCAACUAAAUAUCACUACUUCUCAGUGCAGUGGGUGCAUUUUGGUAUAUAUACAGUACGAUUACGUUCCGGGUGUAUUGAACAACCUCUAUUUAUAAGAUUAAUAUAUUAUUAUUUGUUUUUUUGUUGCAGAUUUUAUUUUGAAUGGGUAACUACUUAUUUUGUCUUGAUAAAGAAGAAUAAAACCUC